CAUGCCCUCUGGUUGCUUUUGUGUUGGCCAAGUCAAUAAGGUCAUUCAUCAUCAUAACAUAGGUAGAAUGAUAAAGCAACUGAAUGAGAAGUUAACUUCGAUUGCUGCUGAAAAAGCCAUGUAUGGCUUUCAUCAAUCCACAAUAGGCGGCCAUGAUGAUCAGUUUAUUCAACGACCGAAGACUACAUCUUUGGUCAAUAAAUCUAUGAUAUUUGGCCGAGACGAAGAAAAAAAGAACUUGCUGAGCAAGUUGUUGAGAGAGAGUAACCAAGAUGGGGGGAGGUUCCUUGUCAUCCCUAUUGUAGGGAUGGGAGGGAUGGGGAAAACAACUCUUGCCCAAGAUGCCUAUAACGAUGAAAAGGUUGCAGCCCAUUUUGAUCAGAAAGUAUGGGUUUGUGUCUCAGACCCUUUUGAUGAGAUCAAGAUUGCUAAAGCGAUCAUUGAAAGUCUCGUAGGAACCCCAAACAGUUCAAAUGAGUUGGAAAUUUUAUUGCAAUGUAUCAAGACUCAUAUCGAGAAUAAGAAGUUACUUCUUGUUCUAGAUGAUGUGUGGACCGAAGACGAAACAAAGUGGGAAAAUUUGAAACUACCAAUAAUAAUGCAAGGUUGUGAAAUAGGAAGUUCAAUACUGGUGACCACGCGAAAACAAGAGGUUGCUAAAAUUAUGAGAGCAACCAACAACAUGAUCCAUUUAGAUGAGUUGAAUUAUAAGGAUUGUUUGGCUUUGUUCAAUUGCAUUGCGUUUUUGGAUACGGAUGAAGAUGAGGCUGGUGAAUUGGGAGAUAUUGGUAAGAAAAUUGUGAAACGGUGUAAAGGUUUGCCUCUUGCUGCACAGACUUUAGGUAGUCUAGUGCGGUAUAAGAAAACAAGAAAGGAAUGGGAGAAUGUUCUGAAUAGUGAGAUAUGGGAAUUAGAAAAAGGAGAGCAACAUGUUUUCCGACCACUGUUGCUUAGUUAUUAUGAUUUGGUCCCUGCAGUCAAAAUGUGUCUUCUAUAUUGUGCAAUAUUUCCCAAAGAUUAUGAGUUCGAAAAAGAUAAUUUGAUUGAUCUUUGGAUGUCACAAAAUUAUCUUAAUUCAAAGGAAAAAAAUGAAAAGAGAAGAAUAGGUCAAAAUUAUUUUGAGAGUCUAGCAAUGCGGUCUUUCUUUCAAGAUUUUAAAAAAGAUAAUAUGGGAAAUGUUUAUGGAUGCAAAAUGCAUGAUAUAGUGCAUGACUUUGUGCAGUUUCUUACCCAAAAAGAAUGCACUAUUAUAGAAGCAGUCAAGGGUUCUAAUCAAAGAGUGGAGCUACCGGGUGAUUAUAAGGUUCGUCACUUAACUUUAACAAGUUUACCCGAAGGUCCACUUUCAUUUCCUACUUCAUUUGACUCAAGUUUACAAGAGUGGUGCAAAAAUAUGCGAACCCUCACACUCCUUGACUCAAGCAUUACAACCAUAAGCCCCGGUUCAAUUAUGCAAAUGAAAUGCCUCAGGACAUUGAAUUUGAGUCGUAACAAGCUCAAUGAAGUUCCAAAAGAGAUUGGUGAAUUGAUUCAUUUGAGAUAUAUGGAUUUGUCUUGGAAUAGAGUUUUGAAAGAAUUACCGGAUGCUGUGUGUGAUUUAUACAAUCUACAAACUCUGGUCCUUGUUCAGUGCUGGAGUCUUGAGAAACUACCCAAGGCAAUGGGAAAGUUGAUUAACUUGAAGCAUCUAUAUGUUCUGGGUUGUCCUCUGAGGUACUUACCGAAAGGGAUUGGGAGUUUGAAAAGUCUGCAAGUACUUGACUGGUUUAAAGUAUGUGAGGGUGUGGGUGAUGAUGAAGCAUUGAAAUUAGUAGAUCUCGGAAUCAUGGACCAGCUUCAGGGGAGCCUUUCUAUAGGAAUUUUGGGGGAGAAUAAUUUUGGGGAAUUUUUGGAGAUUGAGAAAGCACAGUUGGGGAAUAAGGAGCACCUCUCUUAUUUCGGAGUAUUGUUCAGAAAUAGUGAUAUUUGGCAGAGAAAAGGUGAUUCAGAAAUAGUGAAAGCAUUGCAACCACAUCAAAAUUUGGAAUCUUUAUUCAUUUGGAAUUCCCAUGGCACCACCGAGUCUCUCUAUUGGAUCAAGUCUUUACGCAAUUUGAGAAGACUUUAUCUCCGGACUUGGCGAUUUUGUGAAGCUUUGCCUCCUCUUGGAAAAUUGCCAUCGCUUGAAAUUCUGGAGAUAUCGGGGAUGAAGAAAGUGAAAAAGUUGGGAGUUGAAUUUCUGGGAAUAGAAGAAGAAGAAGAACAAGUCUCAGGAAUUCUAUUCCCCAAAUUGAAACGUCUUUCGUUCAAAUCGAUGGAGAACUGGGAAGAGUGGGCCUUUGUUUCUGAAAUCACAAUAAUGCCACGCCUUUCUGAGUUGCGAAUUGAGUGGUGCCCAAAGCUAAAAGCACUGCCAGAGUUCCUCUACAAGAUAACAGAACUGCGUACUUUGGAGAUCAAGGGUUGUCCAAUUCUGGAACGAGAAUACGAAAAAGACGUGGGGAAGGAGUGGCACAACAUUUCUCACAUCCCAAACCUCACAAUCCAAUCUGGAAGGAACUGA